CGCAGUACGAGCUGUCGCUGGUGGCGUCGGACGGGCGCAACGAGAACUCGACGCGCGUCGUGGUGCGCGUGCUCGACGUCAACGACCUGCCGCCCAAGUUCACGCGCAGCGCAUAUGUCACACAGGCACUCGAGGAGACCGGCCCCUUCCCACACCCCCUCAUACAGGUUACUGCCACAGAUGGUGACAAAGACAGACAACAAAAUAUUGUAUAUUUCCUCACCGGACAGGGUAUUGACCCCGACAACCCUGCCAACAGCAAAUUCGACAUCAAUCGUACAACGGGUGAAAUAUUCGUCCUCAAACCUUUGGACCGCGACCAACCUAAUGGCCGACCGCAAUGGCGAUUUACAGUAUUUGCGCAAGACGAAGGAGGCGAGGGUCUCGUGGGAUACGCAGAUGUUCAAGUCAAUCUUAAAGACAUUAAUGAUAAUGCUCCAAUUUUCCCUCAAGGCGUAUAUUUCGGUAAUGUCACAGAGAAUGGCACAGCUGGUAUGGUCGUUAUGACUAUGACAGCCAUCGACUAUGAUGAUCCUGCAGAAAGUAAUAACGCGAAACUGUGGUAUUCAAUUGAGAAAAAUGUAAUUGAGGAAGAAACCGGCUCACCUAUAUUUGAAAUCGAACCUGAAACUGGUGUCAUAAAGACUGCAGUAUGUUGUCUCGAUCGAGAAAGGACACCAGAUUAUUCGAUACAGAUAGUAGCGUCCGAUGGCGGGGGGUUAAAAGGAACCGGUACAGCCUCUAUUAGGGUAAAGGACAUAAACGAUAUGCCGCCGCAGUUCACCAAAGACGAAUGGUUUACCGAAGUCGAUGAAACCGAUGGAACUAAUUUGCCUGAAAUGCCCAUCUUGACAGUAACUGUUCAUGAUGAGGACGAAACUAAUAAAUUUCAAUAUAAAGUUAUUGAAAAUAGUGGAUAUGGUGCUGAUAAGUUUACUAUGGUUAGAAAUAAUGACGGUACUGGUUCGUUAAAAAUUGUACAGCCUUUAGAUUAUGAAGACCAAUUACAAAGUAAUGGCUUCAGAUUUAGGAUACAAGUUAAUGAUAAAGGAGAAGACAAUGACAACGAUAAAUAUCACGUAGCUUAUUCGUGGGUAGUUGUUAAGCUUAGAGAUAUCAAUGACAAUAAACCUCAAUUUGAAAGAGCUAACAUAGAAGUAUCAGUUUAUGAAAAUGCUGAAGUCGGAAAGAGCUUAGAAACCUUUAAAGCAACCGAUCCAGAUCAAGGAGGAAAGAGCAAAGUAUCAUAUGCUAUCGAUAGGUCCUCAGAUAGAAAACGUCAGUUCUCGAUUAACCAAGAAGGAACUGUAAGUAUACAGCGGUCAUUAGAUCGAGAAGACACUCCUAGGCAUCAAGUAAAGAUUUUAGCAAUCGAUGAUGGAGUGCCACCAAGAACUGCAACUGCUACUCUUACAGUAAUUGUUCAAGACAUAAAUGACAACGCACCAACAUUCUUAAAGGAUUAUAGACCUGUUCUGACAGAGCAUAUUACACCCAAAAAAGUGGCUGAAAUCUUAGCUACUGACGAUGAUGACCGAUCGAAAAGUAAUGGACCGCCAUUCCAGUUCAGGCUUGACCCUGGAGCAGAUGACAUCAUUCGCGCUUCUUUCAAAGUGGAACAAGAUCAGAAAGGUGCUAAUGGUGAUGGUAUGGCUAUAGUGUCAUCAUUACGAUCCUUUGAUAGAGAACAACAGAAGGAAUAUCUUAUUCCUAUCAUUAUUAAAGAUCAUGGAAACCCUGCAAUGACUGGAACAAGCACCUUGACUGUCGUGAUUGGUGAUGUCAAUGAUAAUAAGAUGCAACAAGGAUCUAAAGAAAUACUUGUUUACAGUUACCAAGGUCAAGCACCAGAUACAGAAAUUGGUCGAGUUUACGUUUAUGAUCUUGACGACUGGGAUCUACCAGAUAAAAAGUUCUUCUGGGAAAGCUCAGAACAUCCAAAUUUCACAUUAAAUGAAGAAACCGGUAUGAUACAAAUGAGGCACAAAACUAGGGAAGGUAGAUACCAUCUAAAAUUCAAAGUUUAUGAUCGGAAACAUACACAAACAGAUGUACCUGCGAAUGUUACAGUGUAUGUAAAAGAAAUAUCUCAUGACGCUAUUAUAAAUUCCGGUUCAAUCCGAAUAUCCGGAAUAUCUGAUGAAGAUUUCAUCAGAGUAUGGAAUUACAAGACACUCAGCGUUUCAAGGAGCAAGUUAGAUAUUUUCAAGGAUAAAUUGGCUGACUUACUCAACACUGAACGUGAAAAUAUUGAUAUCUUCAGCGUUCAACUUAGGAAGAAGCACCCUCCAGUCACUGAUAUUCGCUUUUCUGCUCACGGAGCUCAUUACUAUAAGCCUAUCCGAUUAAACGGCAUUGUGUUAAUGCAUCGUGAAGAAAUUGAGCGCGCCGUUGGAAUUAACAUAACAAUGGUGGGAAUCGACGAAUGUCUGUAUGAAAAUCAAAUGUGCGAAGGAUCCUGUACAAAUGUUUUGGAUAUCAGUAAUUUACCUUAUAUGGUUAAUGCUAAUAAAACAGCUCUCGUCGGUGUUCGAGUUGACGUGAUCGCUGAGUGCACAUGUGGUGCCCGUAACUUCACGCAAGCUGAAACUUGUCGUAAUUCUCCGUGUUAUAAUGGAGGUAGGUGUAUAGAAGGUAAAUAUGGAUUGACAUGCUCCUGUCCUCCCGGGUACACAGGUCCAAGAUGUCAACAAACAUCCAGGAGCUUUAGAGGCACUGGCUGGGCGUGGUACCCUGCCCUGGAAAUGUGCGACAGUUCACAUUUAAGCUUCGAAUUUAUCACGAGAAAGUCUGAAGGUGUAUUGCUAUACAAUGGACCUAUCGUACCACCCGAGCCUGAAGAAAUAAUGGUAUCUGAUUUCAUAUCAGUGGAAUUAGAAAGAGGUAAUCCAAGGCUUCUCAUUGAUUUUGGUUCCGGUACUUUAGAACUACGCGUCAAAACUAAGAAAUCAUUGGAUGACGGCGAAUGGCACAGAAUAGACAUAUUCUGGGACACAGAAAACGUCAGAAUGAUAGUAGAUUUCUGUAAGUCUGCUGACAUUCAAGAAAUGGAAGAUGGAACGCCGCCAGAAUUUGACGACUCCACCUGCCAGGCUUCGGGAACCAUACCUCCGUUCAACGAAUAUCUAAAUGUAAAUGCACCUCUCCAAAUUGGCGGUUUGUACAUAGAGCACUUUGAUCCGACCCACUAUCACUGGCAAUACAUGCCUAUUGGCAAAGGUUUUGACGGAUGCAUACGAAACCUAAUACACAACAGCAAAUUGUACGAUUUAGCUCAUCCAGGCUUAUCUCGAAAUUCAGUGGCUGGUUGUCCUCAAACUGACGAAAUAUGUAAUCAAGCAGACACUACUUCACGGUGCUGGGAGCAUGGCACCUGUGUCGGAAGUUUCUCCGAGGCCCGGUGUCAGUGUCAGCCUGGUUGGACGGGACCUUCAUGUAACUUACCAACUACGCCUACCAGCUUCCGGCCUCAGAGUUACGUGAAAUUCGCUUUAAGUUUCGAACCAGACAGGUUUAGUACACAAAUUCAACUGCGGUUUAGAACACGCGAACCUCACGGAGAACUUUUUAGAGUAAGUGAUCAACACAAUAGAGAGUACGGUAUACUUGAAGUGAAAGAAUCACGGUUACAUUUCCGUUACAAUCUGAACUCACUUCGUACUGAAGAGCGUGACGUGUGGCUCAAUUCUGUGGCGGUCGAUGAUGGCCAGUGGCACAUAGCGCGAGUUAGCCGGUACGGAAGUGCUGCGAUGCUUGAAAUAGAUGGCGGCGAGGGAAGACGAUAUAACGAGACAUUCUACUUCGAGGGCCACCAGUGGUUAUUGGUGGAUAAACAAGAAGGAGUGUAUGCUGGUGGCAAAGCAGAAUAUACCGGUGUUCGAACUUUUGAAGUGUAUGCAGACUUCCAGAAGGGUUGUUUGGACGACAUUAGGUUGGAAGGCAAGCACUUGCCUCUACCGCCGGCUAUGAAUGGCACGCAGUGGGGACAGGCGACGAUGGCCAGAAACUUGGACCGAAACUGUCCGUCCAACAGCCCAUGUAUCAACGUCCACUGCACCGAGCCGUUCGUGUGCGUCGACCUCUGGAAUGAGUACGAGUGCACGUGUCCCGCGGGGUCGGUGCGCGCCGCCGGCACUUGUGUCAACGUGAACGAGUGCGAGGGCAGCCCGUGCCGGAACGGCGGCACGUGCGUGGACCGCGAGCCGGCGCGCCGCUACGACUGUGUGUGCGCGUUCGGCUACGCCGGCCACGACUGCGAGCUCGAGCUGCUCGCCUCCGGCAUCAUCACACCCUCCAGAGAUUUCAUUAUAGCUAUCAUUGUUUGUUUGUUCAUGCUUUUAGUCCUGGUGUUAGUGUUCGUGGUAUACAAUCGACGUCGGGAGGCACACAUCAAGUACCCCGGCCCCGAUGAUGACGUCCGCGAGAAUAUCAUCAACUACGACGAUGAAGGCGGCGGUGAAGACGACAUGACGGCCUUCGACAUCACUCCUCUACAGAUACCUAUCGGCGGACCACUUCCUGAUCAUGCGCCUACUAAGUUACCAUAUCCUGUAAUGGGCCUUGGCCUGGGAGUUGGUCCGAUGGGCGUGGGCGUAGGCGUCCCUCCGGGUGUAGGCGUGGGCGUACCGCUUCCGGGGGAGACCAACGUGGGCAUGUUCAUCGAGGAGCACAAACGGCGCGCUGACAGUGACCCCAACGCGCCGCCCUUCGACGACCUGCGCAACUACGCGUACGAGGGCGGCGGCAGCACCGCCGGAUCUCUCUCCUCGCUCGCAUCCGGUACCGACGACGAGACGCACGAGUACGACUACCUGGGCGCGUGGGGCCCGCGGUUCAACAAGCUGGCUGACCUGUACGGGCCGGACCUGGACGAGCAGCUGUAAGCGCCGAGCACCCGCCGCUAAUUUAGUCAAUUGUCUCCCAGUAUCGUACCACUAAGCCACCUGUACCCCGCUAUCUCGGGCGCGACACUCGCUCACUCGCCCACUUUCGUUUUGUAAAUACACAAGCGCGGCCACGGCGCCGUGAGCGCGAGCCGCGACGUGCGCCUUCUACCCGCGCCACAACUAACUCUUAUCAAUUUUAUACGACUUUAUUUAUUGUGGUAGACAUGUUAAGCUUAAGUAAUCGUUUAAGAAACCUAUUUAAUUGCGUAAUUUUUAUAAAGUUUAAACUACAUCUUCACCAAAUAUUUGAUAUAAGUUUUUAUUCGAAUUAGCCAUAUUAUGAGUCAGUAUUUUAUUGGAAGUUACGGAGUUAAAGAGAUUUCUGCGGCAGGGCCAGACGUGAACCUGAACAGUGGGUGUUGUAGAUAGUGUGCUAUAAAUGUGAAUAAUUUAUACGAGUAUUUUGUAAGUCCACAGCUUUACGUGAUAUCACUUAAUAUGGCGGCCCUCCCGUAGAAAUCGUUAGAGAAUAAAAGAAUACGUUAUAUUUUAAUAAUGGUAGGUAACAUAAUACUUGAGGUGGUCCACUCGGACAUCGAGUUACAUAAUGCUCAUUCGAUAUUAUGUCAAGUUAAAACAUUGGGGUUGUAAAUACAAUAACACUCUAGAAACAACUACCCCCGAUUUUAAUUAAACGUGAAACUAUUAAUUUAACUUUAACGUGUAAGCGAACUGUACAGUAACCGGUGUUCCUCUCCUAAUGUCUCCGUGUAGUGCUAGUUAAAUAGUAUUUGGAAACGACUACGGUCUACUCGUAACAUUAGGUAACCAAUAGUAGUCAUGGUCGCGGGAGUUUUCGUUUGCGUGCGAGCGUGACUGCAUUAUGGGCGUGUGAAAGCUGUAGGGAUGUGUGAGAGUGCGUGCAAGCGACAUACGUCGAGCGUGACUGAGCGUGUGCGUCGAGGAGCGCGCUGCGUGCAACCGGGCGUGCCGCAAGCGUGAAACGAGCGUGCAAGCUGCGUACACGCGGCGCCCGGUUCCUGCGCGCGCCGUUAUGAGUGGGACUGUGCCAAUUUCUUAGCAUUAUCGAUGCAGCUAAUGACGGUAGAGUUAAGUGUUUGCACUUUAUUUAUUCGUAUGAUUACAUAUAAAUUUAGUCGCACCUAGGAAAAUAUCAAUAACUUAUUAAGAGUGUUGUGCUAGAAUACUAUUUCCAUCGGUCUUGAUGUGAGAUAGUUGUUGAAACCUGUAGAAGUCAUUAAUUUAUAAAUUAAUUUUUAAGAAUUUAUAGUAAAUUAUAAUAAUAAUAAAAAUGGUUUUAGAAACUGUCUCACUUCGACAUCGAGUUAUAAUCAGUGUAAAUUUUAGAAUAAUACUGAAUUAUGUUAAAAUGACUGAUUUUAUUAUGUGUUUGGAGCCUAAGAUUUUGUAGACUCGGUUUAAAUAGACUUCUAAUAACUUACCUAAUGUAAGUUCACCCUCUAGUUUGCACUAAAGACAAAUAAAUAAUUAAUAUUCAAAUACCUACAUCAAUAUUAAAGCAAUUCUCGUUAAUUACUAUUCAUGUAAGUAGGAGGUCAUAGUUCUUAUUGUUUGAUUGAUAUCAUUACACUGCCAGUAUCAUACAUUUAUAGUCGAGUUACGAUAGCGAUUUGGGUCCGAUUUUAUAUUUCUGUCUUAUACAAGGAUAUUUGUAAGUUUUUGGACUAUUUUAUAUGCAGCAUUUAGUUUCUCCGGCGAUGUGAGAGCGCAUCACUCGGUUCUGUUUCCUCACCCAAGCUCUGCGCGUCUCUUAGCGUGUUGCGCUUACGUUACUGUUAUUUACAUUGAGCAUUUAUUAUUAUAAGACCACUUUGUCGACAGAUCGUAUUGAUGUAAAAAUUAAAUGAUUAACGGUUUGAAAAGGAUAGUUCUGUGAGUUUGCUUAGUUUGAAAUCGAAUUUCAGUACUUACUGCUUGACUCUUAAGACGUGGGCAGUCGAUACCCUCGUCGAUAAUACCUUGCAACACAAUGCUCAUACCGCGUCUACACUCGGACAGCAGAGCACACAAUCCCAGUACAAAAAAUACUAAAUUGCGAUAACUCGCUAACGAACACCGAUUUUCGUUUUAUUUUAGACAUUAAUUAUUAAUUAUACAUAAUAUUAUACCUACACAUAUAGUAUGUUUUGUUUCAACUGUGAUUAAUUAGUUGUACAACUCUGAC